CGCUGUUGUGCAUUGUUGUUUUUAGUUUGUGUUGUCCCUUUUGGAGCCUUGGUGUGAGUUAGUUGUUUUUGAAGGCUGGAGCCGGGACGACGUCAUCGCGCUGAGGAUUGUGGGUAGUAUAGUGGGAACAUGGCUGACGGACUUAGCUCUGCCACGGCCUGAAAACCUCCGUGAAAAUCUCUAAAUUUCCACGUCAUCCGCACACUCAGCGGCCUGUGUAUUAUUGCAAGUGUUGCUUAAGAAUGUAGUGAUCGUGGUGUUUUAUCGUUGGAAAAGCGAGCGCUGAGGAAAGCGGCGAAAAUCCGAUGAAACGGAAAUUACGACUCAGCCUCAGGGACGAGCAGGCCGUAAAAUGGCCGACCGGCAGCCAUCUUUGACGAGCACGUAACUCGGAGCUUGCGAAGGCCCGCACUGGCCCCAGGCGGCUCUAGUGACCUGUGAACGCUUACUAUUUAAUGUUAAAUUACAUAUUAACUGUGAAUUCACUAGAAAAUAUCGUGUGGAAUAAGAAAACAUAGAGGAAGAGGAGUGGAGACUUCUCGGAUUUUGGCGAGGGACUUCCCCUGAGCCGGCUAAGGAUGAGGGAGCACAUACAAGACAGCGGCUCAGACAGUGAAGAGGAGCGGUCGGGCUCGGGUAGCGGCUCCGACAAUGACUCCGACAACAAUGAUAACGACAGCAAGUCUGGGUCAGGCAGCGACUCUGGCUCUGGCAGUGGGAGCGGGAGUGGCUCGGGCUCGGGCAGUUCCUCUGACUCCUCUGACAACAACUCCGACUCUGACUCCGACAACAACAAGCAGUCGGGCUCGGACGACGAGGAUGGAGAUGAGGACGAAGAUGACGAUGAUAAUGAUGAAAAGGAUGAGAAUGACGAUGAGGAUGGAGAGGACCAGGAGGAUGAGCACGACCGCUCGGGCAGCUCAUCCUACAGCAGGAGCAGCAGCGGGAAGGGUGGCUCACGAAGAGGCAGGAAGGAGGACCUGAAGUCGAGUAAUUUGCAGUGUUGGGAGGAAAAUCCCGACAUCUACGGGAUCAGACGCUCAGGGCGCGAAAGGAAGGAGCCGGAGCGCAUGAACGUCGAACACGAGAACAACACCAAGAAGCACCACAGGAGGAGGAAGAGCUCUAGUCAUUGGAAUAGCUCUGAGCAGUCGGACAGUGAGAACUCCGACUAUGAGUCCCCAAAGCCCAAGCGGAAGCCCCCAAGCAAAAAGCCAAGCUCAUCGUCCUCAUCUUCCAAGAAAAAGUCUUCUUCGCAUAAAAAGAAGAAGAGUAGCAGUGAAGGCAGUGAUAGUGAUGAUGCUAGUAAAAGGCGAGGCUCAAACCGAGCAACAAAGGGAGUCAGCUACAAGGAGGCUGAGAGUGAAGAAGAGGAAGAGGAUGAGGAAGACAUGAUUGAGGUCGACUGGACACAGACACAGCCCAAGGAAGAAGAUGAGAACGUGCAGACCAUUGAGAAGGUUCUGGAGCACAGGGUCGGCAAAAAGGGAGCUGUGGGUAUGCAGACCUACAUCUACGAGGUGGAGAAGAAUGGGGACCCGAACUCAGACUUCGAUCCCAACGACCCCGAGCAGGUGGAGACACAGUACCUGAUAAAAUGGAAGGGCUGGGCACACCUCCACAACACCUGGGAGUCGGAGGAGUCGCUCAAAACACAGAAGUACAAUGCAUUCCAGGUGAAAGGCAUGAAGAAGUUGGAGAACUACCUGCGCAGGGAAGAGGAUAUGGCCAUUUGGAGGCACCGCGCGUCCCCAGAGGAGGUCGAGUACAUGGAGAUCCAGUCGGAGCUCGAGAAGGAACUCUAUUCGUCUCACAUUAGAGCUGAGAGGAUCUUUGCUGAAGCAGAGGAAAAUGGCAACCAUUAUUACUACGUGAAAUGGGAAAAUCUCCCCUAUGCAGAGGCCACGUGGGAACUCGAAUCCUUAGUUCGAGAAAGAUUUAUGCCUCAACUUGAGAGUUUUGAAGUGCGGGAGAAGUCUUCUUGCACCCCAAAGCAGUGCCCUGCACUGAAACACAGACCAAAGUUCUCGGCAAUGAAAGUCCAGCCUGAUUAUUUGGGAGGCGCAAAUGAGAACCUAGAAUUGCGUGAUUACCAGAUGGAUGGAGUAAACUGGCUCAUUCAUGCUUGGUGUAAGCACAAUUCCGUCAUACUUGCUGAUGAGAUGGGUCUGGGUAAAACCAUCCAGACUAUAAGUUUUCUGAGCUACCUUUUCCAUACACAUGCCAUGUAUGGUCCCUUCCUCCUAGUCCUACCACUCUCCACCCUUAAUGCGUGGCAGCGGGAAUUCAACAACUGGGCUCCAGACAUUAACGUCAUUGUUUACAUCGGUGACAGGGACUCCAGAAGAAUUGUGAGAGAUUAUGAGUGGACAACCUCCUCCAAAAGGCUCAAGUUCAAUGCUGUUCUCACAACUUAUGAGAUUCUUUUACGUGAUAAAGAAGACCUGAGAGACAGCUGUCAGUGGGCUUGUCUGGUGGUUGAUGAGGCACAUAGGCUCAAGAAUGAGGAGUCUCAGCUGUACCAGGCACUGAAGGAGUUCCGCUCCAACCACCGUUUGCUCAUCACUGGCACACCCCUCCAGAACUCUCUCAAGGAACUGUGGGCCCUCCUGCACUUCAUUAUGCCUGAGAAGUUUGAUGACUGGGACUACUUUGAGUCACAGCAUGACAGUGAGAACAUGAGGAAGGGUUUCCACCGCCUCCAUAAGCAGCUAGAGCCCUUCCUUCUGCGUCGUGUGAAGAAGGACGUGGAGAAGUCCCUCCCUGCAAAGGUGGAGCAGAUCCUCAGGGUGGACAUGAUGCAGCAGCAGAAGCAGUUCUACAAGUGGAUUCUCACCAAGAAUUAUGACAUGCUCAAAAAAGGGAACAGGGGUUCAACUUCAAGUUUUGUAAAUAUUGUGAUGGAGUUGAAGAAAUGCUGCAACCACAGUCACCUCAUUAAACCUCCUGAAGAUACUAUAUCAACAGAGAUUCUACAGCAAUUAUUAAGAGGCAGCGGCAAGUUAAUGCUGUUGGACAAGCUUUUGGUCAGGCUGCGGGAAACGGGGCACAGAGUCCUCAUCUUCUCCCAGAUGGUGCGCAUGCUGGACAUCUUGGCACAGUACCUGCAGUACCGCCGCUUCCCCUUCCAAAGGCUGGAUGGCUCUAUCAAGGGUGAACUCAGGAGGCAGGCACUCGAUCACUUCAAUGCUGAAGGUUCUCAGGAUUUCUGUUUCCUCCUGUCCACUCGUGCUGGAGGUCUUGGUAUCAACCUCGCUACGGCAGAUACCGUUGUCAUUUUUGACUCAGAUUGGAAUCCCCAAAAUGAUCUGCAAGCGCAAGCAAGAGCACAUCGAAUAGGUCAGAAAAAUCAGGUUAAUAUUUAUCGGCUGGUGACGAAAAAUAGUAUAGAAGAAAAUAUUAUUGAGCGCGCGAAACAGAAGAUGGUCCUCGAUCAUCUUGUUAUCCAGUCCAUGGACACAUCUGGUCGCACUGUCUUCAAUAAAAAAAUGUCUAGCUCAAAUUCUAACCCAUUCAACCGCGAGGAGUUGAAUGCCAUCCUAAAGUUUGGUGCCGAAGAACUUUUUAAAGAUGACGAGGAGAAUGAGGAGGAGCCAAUGUGUGAUAUAGAUGAGAUCCUGAGGAGAGCCGAGACGAGGGACGAGGCUCCGUCCAUGGCCAGUGAUGAGCUCUUGAGCGCAUUCAAAGUGGCUUCCUUUAAUCUAGAUGAAGAGGAGGAAGUCUCCAAGCUUGACUCCAUUGCUGAUGAGAGCACCAAAGACUGGGAUGAAAUUAUCCCAGAGGAUUUCCGGACCAAAGUUGAAGAAGAGGAGAAGCAAAAAGAAAUGGCCGAUCUCUACCUGCCCCCAAGAAAACGGAAGACAGUGAAUCAGGCAGGACAGAAGGAAGAUGAAUCUCCUCGAGCCAAGAAGAAACGCCAGGACUCUGAGUCGAGCAAUGACGAUACAGAUGACGACAAACCAAGAAAGCGAGGUCGGCCUCGCAUGCACCAUAAGGAGACCAUUAAAGGUUUUACUGAUGCAGAGGUCAGAAGAUUCUUCAAGAGCUUCAAAAAGUUCAGCAAUCCCUUACGACGUCUCGACACUAUUGCUCACGAUGCUGAUCUCAGAGAGAAGCCCAUCAGCGACCUGCGCAAAGUGGGCGAGACAAUAUAUGAGAGGUGCCAGGAUGCUAUGAAGGAGCACGAGAGUCAGAAGGAGAAUGAAAAGGCACCUGAAGUUAAUGGCCAACCCAAACAACGCAGAGACCGUGGACCAUCGUUCAAGCUCUCUGGGGUGGCUAUCAAUGCCAAAACCACACUGGCAACCAUAGAGGAGCUGGCACCCUUGGACCACAUCGUCCCUCACGCACCAGUUGAGCGAGCGUCGUGGACCCUGCAGAUGAAGCGGGUCAAGGAUGCCCACUGGGAUGUCCCCUGGGGCAUCCAGGAUGAUUCCAGGUUACUACGUGGUAUUUACGAGUAUGGAAUGGGAUCCUGGGAACAAAUCAAGGGAGAUCCAGCUCUAAACCUCGACGAUAAAAUCCUCCUUGGGGGUGAGACCAAGCCUCAGGGUAAACAUUUAGAGAGCAGAGCACAAUACUUACUUAAACUAAUCAAGAAACAGAUGGGUCUUGGACCAACAAAGCAGCUCUCUCAACAGGCCAAGAUCCAUAAGCCUCUCAAACUUCGAAAGACCAAGGAACUAAAGGGCAUAUCAAAAGCCAUCAUUGAAAACGACGACAGCUCUGAUGACGAAAAGAAUGCCUCGCAGUUGUCGGGAGUGAGCCUCAAAAAGGCUCCUAAGGUGAAUGAAGAACCCAAGGAACACAAGGACUCCAAGGAAAGCAAGUCCAAAGCGCGGGACAUCAAGGAGGAGAAGGAAGAUGGCGAGAAGGCCAAAGUCAAGGAGGAGAACGAUGCCAAGGAGGAGAAACCAAAGAAGAAGAAGGAGAAAAAGGAGAAGAAAGAGAAGAAGGAGAAGGAGAAGAAGGCCGACGGACCGAUGCAUAUCACUGCCAACGGACAGCCCAUUCCGCUGGAUGACAGUAAAGAGCUUGACAAGACGCACCCUCUUUGGGACGAGUGCAAAGAGAAGAUGAGACCGAUGAAGAGAGCACUAAAGACCCUAGACAAUCCCAACGAAAGCCUGACGCAAGACGAACAAAUUCAACAGACACGGCGCUGUCUCAUCCAGAUAGGAGAUCACAUUGAGCGCUGUUUAGAAAACAUCAAGGAUCCUGAGAGUAUGAAAGAAUGGAAGAGCCUGCUGUGGCAGUUCGUUUCCAAGUUUACAGAGUACGAUUCCAAAAAGUUGCACAAGCUUUAUAAGAAGAACAAGAAGAUUCAAGAAGAGAAGAAGGAGGCUGACAAGGACAAGGACCAUGAUAAGGAAAAGAAGGAUGAUAAACGAGACAAGAAACACGAGAAGGAGCAUGACAAAAAGCGUGACAAGGGAGGCAGUGGUGGAGGGGGCGAAGGAGGAGGGAGCGGAGACAAGCACCACGACAAGAAGCGCAAAAUGGAGGAGAGUGGGGCGCACAGUCCUUCAAAGAAACCUUAUAACGGGUGGGGACCGAGAGGGCGCGAAGGGGACAAGUGGAGUGACCGGGACAAGAGUCGAGACCGAGACCGCGACAGGGACCGCUCGGAUCGGGACCGACCCCGAGACCGCGACAGGGAUCGAGACCGCAACUAUCCACGCAACCAUCCUGGUCCCGGGAGAGAGUGGCACAACAGCCCUGGGGGAAGAGACUUCAAAGAGAGCCGCUACCCCCAAGACUACAAGCGUGAGGGUGGUGGUUAUCACCGCGAUGGUUACAAGCCCCAUGGCUAUCACAGGGCUGGUGGAGGAGACUGGGGUAAUCGGCCACACCAUGGAAAGCAUCCCAGCUAUGGACCCCCUGGUGGUGGUUUUGGCCCAGUACACUACCCCCCUCACCCUUCAGCACCAGGCAUCUAUGGGCCUCACCCUCAGAAUAUCCGCAUGCCCCAUGGUCCACCUCAGUAUGGUGGGCACAGGCCAGAAUGGAAGGACAGGGGAGACCGGGCCGACCGAGCGCCACAGCAGGACUGGGGCAAGGAGCGGUCUGACCGGGCCCCCCCUUCCUCAUACUAGGAGAACUGCUUGACUCCCCAUCCUACCCACCUUGGAAAGCGAGCAAUAGUUCGGAAUCCUCUCUCAUGAAAGUGACCUCAAGUUCCUUGGCAGAGCAAGCAAGUGGAUACAUCUGCCUCUGCUGCAGUGACAUUCACCACCUAAUUAUGUACCAGAGGGAAUCCCCCCAUACUUUGAGAUACCAAGAGGGGCAUUUCAACCAUCCAUUGCAGACACUUGGAAGUGCGAUGGUCAUCCCAUAGUGCUCAGAACUCAUCCUUCCACCAGUGCCAUUGCAGCUGAAGGUGAUGCAGAUGUUCCCUCGAACAAUGAACUGCCAGUGAGAAGUUCCUGCAGUGAUGGAGCCUAGAUCCAGUGUUACUUACUUACGUACCUUUAAUGUGACUUGCUACUUUAAGGCAUCACUUGUGAGACAGCUUGUCUUGUCUCUUCUUGGCUGUGAAGUGUAAAUAUGAAAUCCCUUUCUGUAGAAAACAUGUCUCAGUAGAAUAAGCAAAAACCUUUUGUGUAUAUAUAUAUAUUACUGUAACCUGAUGGAGUCCUUCAUCGUAAACAUAAAUCAUACAGCUCCUGGAGUUUCAUGGGUUUCUCAUCUCAUGUGUCAGUUAUCAUUAUGUCUUUCUCUUUUUUUCUGUUCGUUCAUUUGCUAGAGAUGUGGAACAACCAGCCUUGAGCUAUGAACUUAAAAUGAAUGCAUUAUUUAAUGCUGAAAUGGAGUAAACUGUGUUAAUAAUAUCAGCUAAGGAAAAGUUUCUUGAAAGUCUAUGUAUUUAUCAUCACCAAAGACUGCAGGGUGUUUAGAUAUGACAAAACAGUUGCAGGGAAUCAACUUAAUAACUAGAAAGCUUUUUAGUGUGCACACUGUCUUUAUGAUUAUUGAAAACUUGGUCUGCGAAUGCUCAAAGAAUAUUAUAAAACGUAUAUUCCCAAUUCUUUGUUUCAUGAAUACCAAGGUCAUUUGUUAGUAUUAUGAUUACUUGCAUCCAGAUGAAAUAAUUUGCAUUUUAAUAUUUGAAUCAACAUCACCAGCGGUCUUUUUAUUACACUGAAUGCUUGGCAAGGGUAUAGUUGUUAACAGAUGCAGGCAUGUGAAUGAUUAGCUAGGCCAUCAGAUCCUUUUCUAGAAGACUUUUGAUGCUUUCUGCCAAGUCAUCAUAGGUCAGUCCAUUGAGGAGAUGGAAGUGAAGGAACAGAAGUUUCUUCCAGGAAGAAGUAGGAGAUUUAAAGAAGGAAUGACUUGGAUUGUUAAAGAAGGGUAGGUUUCUUUCAAGAAGAAACAGAAGACUGGGACAAGUAAGAUAAAUGUGUGAAGUUGAUAUUAGUGAUAGCCAUUCUUAUUCCCUGUGCUGAAUGGCCGUGUAUUUUCGUAUGUAAUGCCAGAUAGCGUCAUAUAGCAUAUCAUUAUUGUAACCUCCAUAUUCCUUUCCCAUCGGCAGUUGGUAGCAUCAACGGCACUUUUCCUCUUCGGUUAUUUGAGUCGGGUAUUUUUUAAGAGUUAAAUGAACUCUUUUAACUCCAAAGUGGUUGUCUAUUUUUCAGUGCAGAAAUCUGUAAUGGAGUGUAUGAUGUACUUGAGUCAUUUAUUGUUAGUUUAUCUUAAGUAUUAUUUCUUCUACUUGAAACUAUGUAUGAUACCAAGUGUGAUAUAUCUGAUGUGCUCAUGAGUGAUAUUAAAGAUAAGGAGAGACACCACACCCCCUUUUUGUCCACAGAAGUCCAAUAGGCAGAUACAUUAUUUUUUAAUGAGGAAAGAAUUACCAUGUUAGUAAAAGGCUUUUGUAAUUUUGAAGGUCCUGACAUCAUGUACAUGGAUUGCUUAGUCAUUCUCAUUUUCAACAAUUCAAUUAAAGAUGGAUUAUAGUGUAUAGCUUGACAGGUUUUUUGACUAGUUUCCUUUUUGUUUUUCUUUUCCAUUUCUCUGUUUUUCUCCUCAUUUAUUUCCUUCGAUAGGAAAAGAUUAAUCAGGUUUCUUUUUGUAAUAUUUUUUUUUUCUUUUUUUUUUUAAGUUUAUACACCCCUCAUUCCUUACUAAACUUGUACUGCAUCUGUUGUUGAUUUUAGUAUAUCUUAUUCCAGUUCAUUCAAAUUCAGGGAAGCUUUAACAGCUCCUUUGUCCAGCUAUUCCUAACCAUGGUAUUGCAAGGUGAAGCUAAGAUGUACGUCAACUGAAUUUAAAUACUGAGAUUGCGAAGAUGUAUACAGACACCAAGAACAAUGAUUUAAAAAAGCCAAUAUAAUGAAGUUCAAAAGUCUGGUGUUAUAAAGUGUUGAUGCCCAUUUAAUACAUAUUGUGUGUGUGUGUGUUCCUUUGGUACAAAAAUCAGCUGUUUUGGAAAGCUGUCUCAAAGGAGAAACAUUAUUCCAUAAGAACAGUGUGUUGACGAGGAACCCGUGCUUGCAGGUCAGUUACUUGGAUUGGAAAUAAGUCCGCUGGUUGUGAAUGGAGCCUGUGACGCCCUGCCUGUUAAUGAUGGAACAUUAAAAACUGUAGUAUACAAAACUGAAGAAAUGUGUGAUAUAUCCUCCCCCUUUCCCUUCCAUGGGGAGUAUUUUUGUACAAAAUCGAAGUGAUAUUUGUAGAAAUCUGUAUAUAUGGCUUAUUUGGCAUCAAGUAAAUAUGAAUUCACUUA